CACCGAGCCGGAAGCAUCGUAGGAAAUAACACAGAUUUGAUAAACCGUAGAUUUUAGAUUUCUCCUCUUUGGCACUGGAAUAACGGUUGGGACACUACCAUAUUUUGGGGCUGACUAACGAACGCGUAAGAGGGAGGAAAUCUAAAAGGACUGACUAGCUUUCUAGUUUAGCAAGCUAUCGUUAGCUUUGGCCAGUGCAGCCGCAGCUCUGCAAAAGCUAGCUACGGUCGGAGUGUGUAGUAGGCAGGCGAGCUCCGUUGGAAUCUAAAACCUAAGGCAAAUUGGAGUAUCUAGCUAAUACAGAAAAGACUACAGUUGUUUUUGAUUGAUCGCUAGCUAAAUGCAGAGUGUAGGUGAUCAUUGAGAGGCUACUCUCCCAGCUCCAUAACGAACUGUCACUGACUGAGUGAUAUCCAGCCAAUUGCCACUAAAGAUGGCUAUGGCGAGCAGCAUUGCCGCAUCUAUUGCGAGCAAGACGAAGACGAAGAAGAAACACUUCGUAGCUCAAAAAGUGAAGCUUUUCCGAGCCAGCGACCCUCUGCUCAGCGUCCUCAUGUGGGGAGUCAACCAUUCGAUCAAUGAGUUGAGCCAUGUUCAGAUCCCUAUCAUGUUGAUGCCUGAUGACUUCAAGGCCUACUCCAAGAUUAAGGUGGACAAUCACCUCUUCAACAAGGAGAACAUGCCGAGCCAUUUCAAGUUUAAGGAGUACUGUCCUCUGGUGUUCCGGAACCUCAGAGAGAGGUUUGUCAUCGAUGACCAAGAUUUCCAGAACUCCCUGACCCGUGCGGCUCCGUUGAACAGUGAUGCUCAGGGUCGGACUGGCGCUCGCUUUCACACCACCUACGACAAACACUACGUCAUCAAAACCAUCACCAGCGAGGAUGUGGCUGAGAUGCACAACAUCCUCAAGAAGUACCACCAGUUCAUAGUGGAGUGUCAUGGCAACACGCUGCUGCCUCAGUUCCUGGGGAUGUAUCGCCUCACGGUGGACGGAGACGAGACCUACAUGAUCGUCACCAGGAACAUCUUCUCCCACCGCCUCCCCGUCUACAAAAAAUAUGAUCUGAAGGGCUCCACUGUGGCCAGGGAGGCCAGCGACAAGGAGAAGGCCAAGGAGCUGCCCACCUACAAGGACAACGACUUCGUCAAUGAUGGACAGAAGAUCUGCAUCGACGACGACAACAAGAAGAUGUUCCUGGAGAAGCUACGUAAAGACGUGGAGUUCCUGGCCCAGUUGAAGCUGAUGGACUACAGUCUGCUGGUGGGGAUCCAUGACGUGGAGCGGGCUGAGCAGGAGGAGGUGGAGAGUGAGGACAACGAGGGGGACGAUGAGGGGGAGAGUGACGGAGGGAUUGGCACUCCCCCUGACUCCCCCAGUAACACCCUGGACAGCACCAAGCCCCUGUCCCCCGGGGAGUUUGACCCCACCAUAGACGUCUAUGCCAUCAAGAGCAAUGACGGUGCUCCUAGGAAGGAAGUGUACUUCAUGGCGGUCAUUGAUAUUCUGCAGCAUUACGAUGCCAAGAAGAAGGCCGCUCACGCUGCCAAGACCGUCAAACACGGAGCGGGAGCGGAGAUCUCCACGGUGAACCCAGAGCAGUACUCCAAGAGGUUCUACGACUUCAUCACCACUAUUCUCUCAUAGCCCCCGGGAGUUGGGGGGGGGGGGGUUUAUCUCUCUCUCCUAUAGCAGGGUGUCCCUCUGCAGCUAAAACCAUCAUUUGUUUACAUUCAUCUUCUCUGUUGACUUGAUCUCUGUUACGUGGGACCAUAAGGUGUGAUAGGAGAAUAAGUGUAUCUUCUCUGUUGACUUGAUCUCUGUUACGGGGGACCAUAAGGUGUGAUAGGAGAAUAAGUGUAUCUUCUCUGUUGACUUGAUCUCUGUUACGCGGGACCAUAAGGUGUGAUAGGAGAAUAAGUGUAUCUUCUCUGUUGACUUGAUCUCUGUUACGCGGGACCAUAAGGUGUGAUAGGAGAAUAAGUGUAUCUUCUCUGUUGACUUGAUCUCUGUUACGGGGUGUUCUAGUCAGUACUUUUCUAUUUGUUUGUUUUGUGUACUUUGGGAAUCUAGUUUUUUUUACACCACGUCCUCACCCUGAAUUGUUUGUUUUUCUGUAUUCCCCUUUGGGAGGGGGUGGGGUUAGAAUGAGGAAGAACAAGGCUCAGUGAUUGGAUAGCAAUAGUGAGGUCACUCUCUGAGUAAAUAGUACAGGUAGAAGUAAACAGGAAGUGCACCUUGAGGCUAGUCCAAACCAUUCACUCGUCUUCAGGAAGUAGGAAGUAUUAUUCCAAUAGGCCAGACCAUCCAAUUGCCAUUUAGCCCUGCCCCCUUCCUAUCUGUCCCUUCAUCCAUCACUCCCUCCAUAUACAAGAGACGUUAGGAUAAGCUGCGUCUAGUCAGACUGGGAGCUGGUCAGUAGUACAGUGUGUCUGUGGUAGUGCAGUGUGUGUGUGUCUGUGGUAGUGCAGUGUGUGUGUGUCUGUGGUAGUGCAGUGUGUGUG